AUGCAUAAUCACCUAAACAACGGCGAUUAUGAAAGAAUGACGGAAACUGAGAUUUUAACCGCAUUAGCCGACGAACGUUUGGACAUUGAAUGCAAAGAAGAAGAACCAUUGAUAAACAACUGGAUAGCGAAAAAUCCGAAAAAUAAUGAACGGAUGAUGCGGCUAAAAUCGGAAAGCCUCAAACGGCGUGGAACCGAUGGUCGACUUGCAGCUGUCGUGCGAGACAGAGUACCACGUGAAAUUGUUUUAGCCAUAGGAGGUUGGAGCACAGGUGGUCCGUCAGACAUUGUGGAGGUUUUCAACCCAAGGGCGCAUACAUGGGUAGUCCCCGAAGCAGCUGUGAGAGAAAUUCCACGGGCAUAUCACGGAGCCGUGUUAUGUGCCGAGAAGAUGAUAAUUUUCGGUGGUUUCAAUGGAAGAGAAUACUUCCAGCAUGCCAAGAUAUUUGAUCUCAAUAAAAAGAGCUGGGAGGCAAUAACGAAUAUGCACGACAGACGGUGUUAUGUGGCUGCUACUCCAUUUGUGGAUCCAAUCGGAACAUAUCAUGUCGUUGCCAUUGGA